AAACGUUUAUGAUUCUAAAACACCGGGGAAAACGAAUUUAGAAAGUUUGUCUUUAUAACAAACUGUAAUGGCUUGGGUUCCCAAAUCGCGGUUCGAACACGAUUUUGUGGACAUGGAACCGGGCUUUAAUCUAAUCCAUGGCCAGUUAGCCUACGAGGAAAAGAGAAAAUCGGAGUUCAGGACAAUGCCAAAGAAUACCCAUGAAUACCUAAUGGCGCGGGAUGAACUACAAGGCUCAACAGUUGGAAAAGGUCGAGAAAUCCGCGAAAGUCUGCAAAUGAUGGAGAAGAUCCAGAAAAUAGCGGGCACAAAUCCAUUGGGCGAACUUGCCACCAUGGAAGAUUGGGAGGACACUAAAACGGUGGAGAGGGAAGCUGUAGCCAUGAUGCGCUACUUCGGUACGAUUUCCAUGAGGGAGGAGUCACUGCCGGAAAUCAGUAUCCCCCUCAUCAACCAAGAGGGCAGCCAGCGAGUCAUCGCAGAUCCCCAGAUCUUCACACCACGCAAGACCCGAAAGUCGAAGAGUCCACCGGACAACAGUGCCAACUCGUCGGAUGACUCCUUCCAUACAGCCGAAGGUCCGAGCAGUUGCAUCUUGCUUUAUGGAUCGGGCAGCAAGCCAAAUAAAAGCAACAAGAAAGUGAUUCGAGGAAAAGGAACUUCUUUUACGGAUCUCAUGGUAAUCCCAGUAAAUAUGAGACAAGUUAAGGGAAAAAGAAAGAUUUCGCGCCCAAGUCAAAAGGACAGACUUCGCCUUCAAUUCGAAUGAAACCAUUGAAAAUAUAACAUAAUAUUUUUAAAGAACUAUAGAUCUUUUAAGAUACAUUUUUACUUUUAUACGCAGGAGUCGUCAUUAUUUAGUUUGAACUUUUUUGAGCACGCGUUCAACUCUUUUUUAAAUUUAUUUGUAUUAACUAGUACUCACCUAAUAUGGUCGAUGUGUUGGCUAAAAAAAAGAGAUAAUUUGUUUUAAGAAUAAAAAAAAAUUUUAUAAUUUCUUAAUGAAAUAACAAAAGCGCGAGACAUUCUUAUGAAAAGCCUAUGUACAAAAAAUCUUACUAUCGUUGCCUAUAUAUUAUAUAAUAUGUGUUUUCGAAAUCUUAUUUUAUUAAUAUUAUUUUUAAUGAGGUCAUAUUUUCAAUAUUGGAAUAUUUCGUAAACUGAUUUCCAUGCAGCAUUUAGAAAGCACAAACUGUUUAAGUGACUGCAUAAACAUUAUACAACUGCUUAACCCUUAUGUUAGUAACCGGGUACCCGGGUACCCCCCGCGGUAUAUCUGUGUGAAAAGCUUAAAGCAAGUUCAAUAUUUCAUUUUAAGCUCUCAAAUCGUCGUUUUUUAACUUAAAAGAAAGCUAGUUGCGAGUUCAUUUAAUUUA